CAGGAAGUGUGCAUAUAAUCCCACUUGGAAGUUGCAGUGUUUCAUUGAGUCAUGCCGCUCCAUUUCUGCUUAGGUGUGAUACUCCUUGCUGUUUUUGUAACAGCUGAUGUUGUUCUUGAUGAUGAUUAUAAUGAAGAUGAAGCUAUCCAAAUAAACUGUUUGAAGCAGUCUGUGAACAUCACAUGGAGGAUCAGUCCUGAGCUGGCGCCGUACUCAAACCGUCUCUUCCUCGGAAACUGCAUACGCUCGAGUAUGGUCGGUUUACCGAGUGGAGAUUGGCAACUACAUUUUGAUUACAAGUUCAGGGACUGUAAAUUUAAGAAAAAGCUAACAGGAAAACAUCUUAUUCAUCAAAAUGUAUUGACUUACAAACCAGGGGUGAAGUCAAGCCCCCCAGCUUAUGAGUAUUUCUUUGAAUGCGUCCAGAAAAGGCCAGAUGGGUGGCUUCCCCCAUUUCUGACCCCAGGUGCCAGUGUUUCUUCUGGCCGGGGCGGCCUUAUCUUCCACUUAGCACUCCUCAAUGAACAAAUGUCCGGCAUAGCGAAAUCAAACGUAAUCCCGCUGGGCUCAUUCAUGCCGAUCUGGGCGGCCGUGGAGCAGAAAGGCCAUCAACCGUUACGGCUCUUCAUGGAGGAAUGUGUCGCGGCCCCCACUGCACAGUUGCAACCACAACAGCAAGUUUAUCCCAUCAUUCUCAACAAAGGCUGUCUUACAGAUAGUGUCAAUGGAAAUUCUGUGUUCCUACCUCGAUACCAUUCAUCUGCACUAGUCCUCUCUCUCCAGUCAUUCAUGUUGGGUGUCGGAAGGGUGUACAUUCACUGCAAACUUGUUGCAUGGGAUCCUGAAGUCCUUGACGAAAGCAGGAAAGCUUGUCAAUAUUCAAAGCAGAUUGGCGAGUGGGAGUUACUAGAUGACCCAUCCCAGAACAACCUGUGUGGGUGCUGUGAUCACACCUGCAGAUCUCGGCACAAAAGAGGGGCUACGCGAGGAGAUUCCCAGGGGUUGACUCAACUUUCAGUGCUGGGACCGUUGGUGAUUGUGGAUAUGUCAGAUGAAAGUCUGGCCUAAAAGGAAAAGUGGAGCCCUUUUUACUAAUUACAGUAUAAGUGUGCAGAAAAUAAUAAAAUGCUGUUUGGAUCCUGAA